AUGGGGCGAGCCGGGCGGGCGUCCGGGGGUGGAAAGAGGUGGGGAGGGCUCCCACGGUGCCAGCGAAGCCCCACGAGGGACCCGCGAGGCACGACCGUGCGGCCAGGACAGCUGGGCUCCGGGUGGCCCCCCACGCGGGCCGAGGACGGAGAAGCGCGCGGGCGCCGUGCCCUCGCUCGGGCAGGGUCCGCCACCGCGCGCGUCCCGGGCCUCCGCGAGGGGCGGCGACGCGGGGGCACGCGGCCUCGCUGCCUCGAUCGCGGCUGGGAACUCCGGGCUCGCACUUUCCGUAAGAGCGCCGGGGCUUCCAGCGGCGCCUCGCCCCCGCCCCCGCCGGCCCGGCUGCCCUUUCGGGUGGUGACGCAGCCGGCGGGGUACGCAGAAGUCUGCGCGGAAACCCGGAACCUCCCCGGCCGCCGGCGCCGCCUCCCCGCCCCCGCGCAGCCCCGGCCGCGCCGAGCUCCGCGGAGCCCCGCGCCGGCUGCCCGGCGACGCGCGACGACUGGGGACGCGCUGCGACAGUUGAACUUCCGAGCGGUCCUUGGGUGCGGGCUCGGUGAUGAACGUUUGGUCACCUUCAUUACUCAUGCCACUGUCUUUGUGAUGGGCAUACUCUUAUUAGCUUCACUUCGAGGUGGGGAAACAGGCUCAAAAAAAUCAAGUUACUUUCUUGAAGUCGAGCAAGGCAGAGCUGCGACUCACAUCCAGGGCUGGCCUGACACGGAUAUAGCAUACUUCUCUUGGAGCAGCCGCUUCAAGGCUUUCAUUCCAGUGAGCAGCGGACAGGUGACAGGUGGGACAGCGCUCCCGGGGACGUCGGGACACUCACCCUCCUCAACACUGAAGAGGGGACGCAGUCAUUCUAGGUCAAUCCCUUUUCUGACAGAUGAGAGAUGUAAUCCAGGCAAAGGAAGAUCACUUAACCCCAUCGCCAUUUAAUUAGCGACAGACACCAAGCUAGGGUCUCUGUCUCUUGGCCCCUACAAAGGCUCUUUCCACUUCACUUCACCCCCCCCCCCCCCCCCCCCCCGCCGCCAAGCUUUUCCUCUAGAAGCUUCAGAGCAGCUCUGAGGCCAGAACGUGACUUCCUCGGUGACCCGAUGGCAGUGAAAUGGGCGGAGACCUCCGGGAAGGCUAGAGGAGGAAGUAGAGUCAUGGGGCCCAUAGCCUGCCUGUCCCCCUGGAGAGCCCCCCACCCCGGCUUGGGGGGUGGGCCCUUUUUGGUAACUCGGGGAGUAGCUGUAGCCGGGUAAAAGAAGUGUGAGUGUGAGUGUGUGUGUGUGUGUGUGUGUGUGUGUGUGAGAGAGAGAGAUAGAGAGAGAGAAAGAGAGUGUGUGUUUCCAGCUGUGGAAUGUCCAAGCAAACGCAGAUCAAAGUAGAAAGGAAUAUGCUAGCUUUAGGGUUCUAUCCUGGAUGGGGUAGAGUCCUUACAUGGCAAAUCAUUUCAAGAUCAGCACAGAAUUUUCAGGGGAGUUUAUCUUGAAAAGUGAAACAGGCUAAUGGAAGUUUUCUAAAAUCGUAAAAUCUUGGGAAUUGUCCAUUCUGUUUGCUUGGGUUUUAAAAUCACUACUCACUGGAGCAGCUGCUUUUCCCUUCCAAGCCUUCAUUUUCUGAAAUGAGGCUAAAAUAUCUGGACAGCCCUUUCCCUUGGGUACCCUGGAAUGUUGGGAAUAUGAAUGGCCUCUUAGUAGAGUUGGAGCUCCAAAGGGAAGUAGUAGGACCAUGAAAGGUCCUUUAAAAACAAAACUCUCCUUUUAAAAAAGCAUAAAAAUAAUUAGUACUCAUUGUGGAAAAGUUAGAUUUUUUUUUCAGAAUCAGAAAGACGAAAAACAAUUGGAAUCCCACACUCAGAAAAGUGUUGACAAUUUGAUGUAUAGCAUUCUGUGUAUCAGACUGAACACAUUGCUUUUUUCCUUGAACAACCUUUUUUUCUUUCCUUGAAUAAAACAUCAUGAC